GCCCUUGCACAACCCCCCGCCGCGUCCGUCCGCCUCACGGGCUUCUUGUCUCGUCCUCCCAGAUAUCCUUCGUGCCAAAUUAGUCCCGCGAAUCCUGCUGGCGGAGCCCAGACGCUCGAAAUCUCGCCAUGGCUGCUGCAGAGACGGCGCCGCCGCCACUGAGCAUUCCACAGCCGCAGAUCGAGCCGCUAUCUGAUGACGAUGGCUCGAGUCCAUUGAGCGACGCUCCCCCCGACCAUACCCCCGCCGCCAUUGACGGUGGCGCGUCCCCCCAGAGCUCUGACGACGAGCUCUCAGACGCCAACGACACCGAAGCCGAGACUGAACGUCUCUACGACACGCCGAAAGUGCCUACGCGACAGAAAGACGUUGUCCUGAAUGAGAAGGCUGAAGGUCGCGUGUACGAGCGCACCCCGAGCAAGCUUCGCCAUCAAGACAGAACCAAUACCCACGACGACGACGACGACGACGAAGACGACAAUGAUGAUGAGCCUCUGUCUGACGCCGAUGUCUCCAUGGCUUCUAGUCCUCCGGCACAUGGUUCGAGACCACCGGCGAAGCUCCCCUCGCCUUCACUAGACUUGCUUGCAGAGGCUGCGAAGCACGAGGCCGAGAGCAGGAAACGGAAACGGUCGUCCGCAGCCGCCGACGUCGAAACCGAACAACCUCUGCGAAAACGCACUGGCUCCGUGCAAGCACCCGAUGCCGACAGAGGAGAAGGCGAACCUGGCAGCGGCGACGAGGAUGAGGAUGUCGAUCCCACACCGCAAAGCCGAAGUGGUGACCAUUCCGCAGACGACACACCAACCGCCACGGCUACCGGGAGCGAACAUGACAGACCGCACACGGCUAAAACACGCAAGCAUACCCGAAGCGGCUCUCGGCGUCUCCGAGAACAAGAAGCCGCCGCUGCUGCUGCUGCCGUUCCGGAUGAGCACGACCCUACAGAAGACACUCUUGACGGUACUGGCCCCGACGAAGAAGCUGGCCAUACUGGCGAUGAUGAGCCCAUGGCUGAUGAAGCCGAUGAAGAGGCUGAAGCAGCUCACAGGAACGAAGAAGAACUGGAAAGAAAGAAGGCGGCGUACGACCAAUUAGCAGAGAUCGAGAAGCGCUUUGCUUCCUUCCGCGAGAAGCUCUUCGAAGAACGAAUGGAGCAACUCAAUCGGGAGGAAGCCAUGCUACGUGCGGACGAACCGACUCACCCAGAAUACCUUGCGAUGAUGGAGUGCGUCGAGGCCAGGCGCAAUGAGAGAACCAUCAUCGCCGACAGGACCUUUACUCGCACAAUGGAGACUAUAGAUCGCUGGGCUGUGGCUAGGCGCGCACAGAUUCACUCACAAUAUUUCCAGUCAGUGCGAGAAUCACGAGAAAGAGUAUUGGCGGAGCUGGGCCAGCGCUGGUACGACAUCCAACAUGAACGACGAAAGAAUGCCAAUAAUGUGCCCGAGUUCGGUUUGCGCUUCCCACCAACUUCUCAGCAACGCGUCCGCCAGGCCAUAGCGUACAACAAGGAGGUGUCCAUUCUUUCUGGCAUUGCCAAAUACGAGGGCAUGCCUGCAGCGCCCGACAUGAGGGGUGCUUCGUCUCAAGAGCUGGAAGAUGAUUUCGAAGCAAUCAACUUGCAGAGAAGCCGUGUUCGCGCCCCGCAGCCACGGCUUGUGCGCCCCUCGUACGCCGAAUACGGGGGUCUACCAUUCGGGCAGGGUCUUGGUCCAGCAGGAGAACAGUUCCUGGAGCAGACUCCAUGGGCAAACCCAAACCAUCCUGCUCACGGCGCGCCUCUAGCUCAAAGGCAGCAGUCUCAGGCACUCGAUGGUGGCAAGCCGACAGUUGCAACCACUACUCCGGCACCAAAGCGCAAUUCGCAAAAGCCAGUCCCAAUGUCUGCUGGCACGAUCUCAAACGCGUCGAACCACAGUCCAGUAGUGCCAACACCUUCCCAGUCAGUCUCAAAAGCUUCGAAAGGCGCCCCGAGGAAUCUAUCGACGUCGCCAGAGGUCGCACGAGCGGCCAGCCUGCUGGAGCAAACGAGUGCCCGCAGCAUGCGAGCAAUGAGCGGCACAGCCCGACCAAUGCCGCCCAAGAACGAGCAGCUCCCCGCGAUUGGCGGGCGUAGCUAGCUGUCAAGUUUUACACAAGCAAGGGUUUCGGCGGCGUUUUGAUAUCAUUUCAAGAGCGUUUCCGUCAAAAGUACCCUAUAGGACGCAAGGGCGAAGAGCCUUCCUCGACAUGAAGGAGGGAGGAAUUCGGUGAACGCCCAUGUCCUGUGCACCAGCAUAGACGGUUUCCAUGCGCCGUGGACAGUUCCGGAUUCUAGGGUUCUUGCAGGAUAUUUUCCCCACGUUGCAUCAUCGAUAUCAUGACCAUGCCGCUUUUAGGAACAUUCAAAUGUAGAUAGUGGCGUUUUCGGCGUUUCUGGGGAUUGACAAAUACGCCCAAUAAGGGUUACGAUACCACGCAGCUUUAGACAUGCUCUUUGGCAUCCUUGUUCCAUUUAAUUUAAAACCAAUUCAACUUUGAAUGGAGGUAAAUGCAAGCC